UGUUGUGUCUACCAAACACUGAACGAUUAAUUUAGCGUGCUCCGGAUAUUAAGCCACGAUGUUCUUUCGUCUUGCCCUCCUACAACCUCAUCUGAGCGAUACUGCGCCUUACUGGUUGGUUGCCUUGUGCGCUCUACUCCACUUCUCUCCCCAAUACCAUGGCCACGACUCCCCAAGAUGGGGCGCGACCUCUCAGGCGGUCAAACUGCAUCCUAUUAAGAACAGGCGUUGAUCCGCGCUUGAGGAUAACGUCGUGGUCAAAGAAUGUUAUGCAAGGAACAGAGGCACCGGUGUUCUUGUCAACACAGAAUCCUGGCAUGCAACCAUAAAACCACGCUCCGUUGUUUGAUCUGCUGUCCAAGUCCGAUAAACCUUUCGAAUAUACCACCUUGCAUAAAGCCACACGAAUCCGAAGCAGUAACAAUAAUGUCAGAUCGGAGACGAUACCAACGGGCGCACCCUCGCCAGGGGCGCUCGGUUCGCAACCGCCUGGAAGAUCAGCAUGAAGGCAGCAACGACUACGAUCUGACGGCAAACCAAACAUAUGCUCUCGGCACAGAUGACUCAGCAGAACUCGCCGAUGAAGAUCAUGGAUUUCCGCAUCAAAUGAAUACCCCCCUGGCCACGUUUUAUUCUCCAGCACAAGUCGAGAACGAUGACCAGUCGAUGGAAGAGUCUGCAACAGUCUGGCAAAACUACUCCCACUCUGGAGCCCGCUUCGAUGCACAUUAUACCACAUCGUGGUCCUUCAUGACACCCAGGACCUCGGCGUGGGAUUUCGCUCCACAUGGACACAGCGCGGGUGGAUAUUUACAGCCGUUCGUGAACGAGCCAGAUUCGUUGGAGGGGUCCGGGGACGGAAAUGGCCGCGAGGCCCCAGAAUCAGGCGGCUCGUUCUCAUCCAACGAGGCGGAACAGGGUUCAGUCGUCGAUGGUUAUGGCGGCAGGCGUGGGACGGACAGACGCAUGACGCCUACGCAGAGAGAAGAUGCGGUGCAUCGCCACAAUCCCGACGGUCCCAUAGGCAGCCGAGGUUUUGCGAGCCGGGAAACGCUGGAGAAUAACGUCCGCCAGUACGGCAACACAAUAUACCAAGCGCAGCCGAGCUCGUCGUCAUCGAAAGAUAAACACAAGAAGGUCAAGGAGAAAAGGAGCAGGCAGUCCUAGAGAUCAUCCUCGGGCAGACUUUGGUAAAUAUUGGAGUUUGUUGUGGCCAUGGUUCAGCUUCCCGCCACCAAUUUGGUCGUGGUUCUUUGACAAGACCCCCUAUU